CCAUUUGAUCCCGGAAGUAUAUCCAUCCUCGUCGACGUCUGCGCUCGCACUCCUCGAUAUCAAUUCAAGAAAUUCAAGAAAAUGUCGAGUGCAACGUCUCGUUUAUCGAGCUUCGGUACAGAUGUCGGGUAUGGGGAACAAGAACACGAUGCAAAUUCGGCUCUUCUUGAGCUCGAUAAAGGUCUCCAUUCUAGCAAGGUUGGAGAGCAGUGUGAAGCAAUCGUUCGGUUUCCCCGGCUCUUUGAGAAGUACCCCUUCCCCAUCCUGAUCAACUCGGCUUUCCUCAAGCUGGCUGAUGUCUUCAGAGAUGGAAACAACUUCUUACGUCAGUGUGUCUUGAGGGUUUCCCAGCAGAGCGUGAAGCACCUGGAUAAGAUUCUCAAUGUGGAUGAGUUUGUGAGAAGGAUAUUCUUUGUCAUCCACAGCAACGACCCAGUGGCUAGAGCUAUCACCCUCAGGGUCCUUGGUAGUAUAGCACCGAUCAUUGCAGAACGUAAACGAGUUCAUCACAGCAUCCACGCCGGUCUGGAUUCCCACGAUCUCAUAGAGCUGGAGGCAGCCAUCUUUGCCGCCUCCUGCUUUGCGGCAGAAUCCAAGACCUUUGCUUCAGGCAUCAGCAACAAACUGGUCCAGUUGAUUGAAGGCUUGGCCACACCCAUCGACGUCAAGAUGAAACUCAUCCCCAUCUUCUGCCACAUGCACUACGACAGCGAGCUGUCGGGCAGAGUGCGUCACAUGUGCCUCAGGCUCCUGGAUUCCUACCCUGCGGAGAGCUUCCUGACCGUCACCCUGGACACCCUGACAGACCUGGCCGCCGCUUCACACAUGCACAUCCCCGAUCAGGUCGAUCUAUUGCUGGGAUACCUGGAGAGUGACAUCCGACGGUCCAUCAAGUCCAUCUGCAUCGCGAAGCUCCUGACCCUUGCCCACAAGGCCCCGCAUGCCUGGUCCCAGGCCAACGUGGACACCUUGUGUCUCUUCUGCAAUGCAGACCAGGAGAAGAGGCUCAUCGUCGGUUGCCUGGACAUUCUGAGGAUACUGUCAUCAUCGCCAGCGUUCCUGACAUCAGAUACGGAUGGCUCGGUGCGUGAACUGUGCAGGAGUCUCCUGGCCCACUGGGAAGUGUGCGUCACCUCCAGGGCCCUCCAGGUUCUCAUCAGGCUCAUGUGCAGACAAGGAGGACUCACGGAGGAGAAGAUGAAGGACGGCAUCGAGGAUGUCAGUGUUGCCAUGGAGACGGUGGCCACGCAAUGCCUCAUGGAGGACGGCCGUUCCAAAUCGGCUGUGAAGAGUCUCAAGAUUACAUUAGAAAGUAUACACAGUCUGUGCAAGGCAUGUCCAUCGCAAACAUGUAACUUCAUGGAGAUGCUAGCCGCAGACUUGUCAUUAGCACCAGAUGCCGAGAGCAGUAUUCUAAUGUGUCACUGCCUGGCUAGCCUCUCUGAGAUCAAGCCCAAACUCCUGGUCCAGAGUAGGGAUAUUCUCCAGGACCAGUUCAGUCUGGUCCUACAGAAGGAAGAAAGUGGAACUGAUCGAGACCAGGGAGGCUUUCUGGUUGCCCUCGCUGUUUUGGUGUUGAUUGAGGAGAAGACUUCAAAGCAGACUUUUAUUGAAGACAAAGCCGUGUUCUUGGCUGAGUGUAGACCGUGGGUUGCCUAUCGUAUCGCUAGACAAGCUACUAGAGUGGGAUGUCACAAAACUGCCAGUAAAAUCUUCAAGAAUCUAACUACGCAGGUUGCCUCUGAGCAUUUCUACUACUGGCUUGGUUCCUUGGAGGUCCUCAGUCAAGCGGAAGCCUAUCUGAUGGAGCUCAAGACCGAGAUUGAUCCCAGCAACGCUGCUAAACUCUCUAGAGCUCUUCAGGAAUACGAGAGCGGACUGGCUGCUUUGAGGGCUGGAGCCACGCCCAACCACCCCCUCAAGUUCCAGACAGAGUUCACCCGUCUGAGAGCCGACUGGCUUCACGCCUGUCUCGUCCUCAUGACCAACCUAGCCAGCAUCAGGACCUGUCCUCCGCCUGCCAUAGCACCGGCUGUUGCCAUGACAACAGGGCAGGAUCUACUGCGCUGUGGUCACAUGGCCACUCAGAUGCAGAAAUCAUCUCAGAGACUGCAAUCUCUAGCUGAUAGCUAUGCUGAUCUCUACCUGUCGUCCUUUGAUGCUGACCUGGUCACGCUCGGUAGCAUCAAGAUUCUUCAGAGGCAUUGCCUUCUUUUGGUGUAUCUGAUUGAUGCUCUGAUACUCAACAGCUCAUCCUACAGUGGCAAGCACAUGAUCCAGCAGGACCUGUUAGGGUCAAGCAAUGCAGAUGACCAUGGCAAUGACCUGAUGGCCGAGAGCAGCCGAGUGACCAAUCAGAUCCUUGCUGACCUCCAGACGGUGCUGGAAGAGACGGAAGGAAACCCAGUAUCACACCAGCACACCGAGUGUAUUCAACGAGCCUGUCUUGCUCUGCUCAAGAUGUCCUUUGGGUUUCCUAGAUACUUCUACCAGGCCCUUCAGUCCACCAGUAUCAAGCUCAACCUAUCACCAUCACCCAGAGCAUCAGGUGAGCCUGUAUCCAUAGCAACUAACACUCAUCUUGCUCUCAAGGUAGAAGGUGUCAUCCAACAUGGCUCCCAGCCAGGAUUGUUUCGAAAAGUGGAUCAAAUCGUCAUCAAUGUCAACACCACGUCCUCAUCCAACAACAAAACUGAGGAAAAACAACAGGAGACUGGACCAAAGGAAAUUGAAUGCCGCAUCACGCCUCACAACGACUACUUCAGCCGACAAGUCCUCCUGUCGUUCCCAUCGGCUGGCCUUCAUUCCAUCAACGUCGAGACCAGCAUAGCCGAUGAAGACGGACAGCUCUGGAGGACUGGGCCCAAGACGAGUCUAGCGGUCAAGGCCUACGUUGAUGGGAUGAUACAGCCUCCUCAGCAGCAGCAGCAGCCAGCCCAGCAGGCAGGCCACAGCCGUAAUAUAAUUGCCGGACGGUCCACCCGCCUCCCGAGUACCUCGGCGGGUGGUAGCAAGAUGAAAGAGUUUAGUGAAGAUCUUCUAUAACCAUAGCCUGGACUUAUGGCUAACGAUUUUGAAGUGAAAGGAAAGAA